CUAGCUGAGUUCUGUCCCUGUCCGGCACAGAACUCUGGACAGAGUGGGACUCUUAGGAUGUGCCUGGGGACUAUGCUCCGCGGGGCUCGGAGGAAAUUUUGCGUGAAUAGGAGAAACGGUUCCAAGCAAACAGCCCUUACCAGCACAGCUGUGUGACCAGGAGAAGGAAGCCUGAAGCCACAGGAACCACAGGGGAGACUGGGGAGAAGGUCUCUGGCAGGGCAGAUGAGAUCAGUUUCCUGGACAACGAAGAAUCCUUCCUUGAAGAGCCAGGAGCCUGAUAAGGGACAGAAAUAAGUAAAAGAACGUUCUUAGGAGUUCUAUCGAGGACCGUGGCUCAGACACCAUCUUGGAUGAGGUAUUUCCAGCUGUGCAUAGUGACCACCUGGCUGGGAACUCACACUGGACUUCUGUUCUGCAGCAGCAAAGAGUGAAGGUCUCCAAAGGCAACGCCUCAGCACCUGUCCUUCGAGGUCUUUAGCCUGUGACCCUGUCAUCUCUUGCGGAGAUGGAGUACGAUGCUUACAACGAUUCCAUUUACAAUUACGAGUACAUAGACACCUUCGACCCCAUUGUGGUUUUUGAAGAGGAGAAUCCACUAGAGGCCAAGGUGGCCCGUGUCUUCCUGGUGGUGAUCUACAGCGUGGUAUGCUUUCUUGGGAUCCUGGGCAAUGGCCUGGUGAUCGCCAUUGCCACAUUCAAGAUGAAGAAGACGGUGAACACUGUGUGGUUCGUCAACCUGGCAGUGGCUGAUUUCCUGUUCAACAUCUUCCUGCCCAUCCACAUCACCUACGCCGCUAUGGACUACCACUGGGUGUUUGGGAAGGCCAUGUGCAAGAUCAGCAGCUUUUUGCUCAGCCACAACAUGUACACCAGCGUCUUCCUGCUCACGGUUAUCAGCUUUGACCGCUGCAUCUCUGUGCUGCUUCCUGUCUGGUCCCAAAACCACCGCAGUGUCCGACUGGCCUACAUGACCUGUGUGGUUGUCUGGGUUCUGUCUUUCUUCUUGAGUUCCCCAUCUCUUGUCUUCCGGGACAUAAACAAUACGCAUGGGAAAAUAACCUGCUUCAACAACUUCAGCUUGUCUUUCCCACACUCCACUAACUCCCGGGUGGAUCACGUAGGGUUCAGCAGACACGUGGUGGUCACCGUCACCCGCUUCCUUUGUGGCUUCCUGAUCCCCGUCUUUAUCAUCACCGCCUGUUACCUAACCAUUGUUUUCAAGCUGCAGCGCAAUCGCCUGGCCAAGAACAAGAAGCCCUUCAAGAUCAUCAUCACCAUCAUCGUCACCUUCUUCCUCUGUUGGUGCCCCUACCACACACUCUACCUGCUGGAGCUCCACCACACGGCUGUACCGGGCUCUGUCUUCAGCCUGGGACUGCCUCUGGCCACUGCCAUUGCCAUCGCCAACAGCUGCAUGAACCCCAUUCUCUAUGUCUUCAUGGGCCACGACUUCAAGAAAUUCAAGGUGGCUCUUUUCUCCCGCUUGGUCAAUGCCCUGAGUGAAGACACAGGACACUCCUCCUACCCCAGUCACAGGAGCUUCACCAAGAUGUCCUCAUUGAAUGAGAAGCCUUCAGUGAAUGAGAAGGAGACCAGCGCACUUUGAGCCCUAUUGGCAAUGCCCCCAUGGGUGCCGCAGCCCAGGGACACCCGGGGAUAGCCAGGACUUGUCUCUUGAAGUGGGAGACAUGAUGGGAAGCUUUCUGGUAUGCUCCAAUGCCCACUACAUUUUGUACAUGUGCUCAUGUUUUGAGUAAGAUUCCAGAGUGUGGACACAGACACUCUUCCAGCAAAAUGGAAUUCACAUCAAUCUGAGCCUCUGGAGCAGGAGGAGUAGGGGACCAGCUUUGACUGACUCAGAAGAGGGCAGGGUUCUCCAUCCGGGCACAUAAUAUCCUGUGUAUGCUGCAGAGUCUCUAGUGUGGGUGAGGAAGUCAGCACAAACCCAUUGCAGACAGACCUGUGAGAGCCACAGGGCAGUCAACCCAGCAAGCCUCCCCUGCCACUGCCAUCAUCCUACAAGAACUUGACUUUGGAUUUCAGAUGAGCUGGGAAGACCAGCAUCCGAGGGGCUGCAUGGAACCCUGCAAGGGCGAGGCCGGCUGUGGGUGGUGGUGGUGGUAAAGAAAUGGAGGAGAACAGAAACCCAAAGGUUGGAGGCACAGAACAUCAGCAUGCCACAGGGAAAUGGUGCUCUAGGUUGUGGGUUCAGGUGGUGGCAGCCCUUUGCUUCUGUGCCUAUUGUAACCUGAGGCUGGGGAGGAGGACAUCCUCACCAAAGCUUCCACUCCAUCCUAGGGUCUCUUCUCUUCUUCCCUAAUCCUCUCAGAUCUGGCUGGAAGGUCUUAGAAUACACCUCCCUGGGUGGAACGUGGGGGUGCAGGGAGGAAGGUGGGGGUGGAAGGAGGAAGGUGGGAGUGUCAUCUCCCCAAUCCAUUCCCUUUAAGCCUCCUGGAGACUGGAGAGUGGAGUUUUGAGACUCCAGGCUCAGAGCAUCUCCCAAAGCUGUCUCUGGGGGCUGGGCUGUGAAGCUGAUGAGCUAAUUGACUCCUCCUUGAAUCACGCUUCCCAGGUGAGGCAGCACAGCCUUGUGGGUAGCCUAUGGAUGGACUUUCUUCCCCAACUCAGACACUUUCUCUUGGCAGGGAAGCCAAGACUUGAGGAAGGGAAAUGACUCACCAAACACCACACACUCUUAGUCAGUGACAAAGACCUAAGCCCAGCUCUGCCUGGCUGCCUUCAUCCCUCCACUGAGGAUUUGGUAGCCUGCAUUAUUUAAACAUAUUUAAACUUAAACCAUUUACCAUGCAUUUAAAGUGUUUCACAUGUAUCUUCUCAUUUAUUCUUCACAGAAACCCUGAUUUAGGUCCUUAUACAUAUGAAGAGGCAGAGACUCAAAGAGGUUAAGUAGCUGGGCAGUGGGACCACAUGAGAUGCUGGCAGGCUGGAUUUGAACCUCAGUUUCCUGUCUCAAAGGAGAGGUGGAGUCAGGAAGGAACUGGUGGUUUGGGGUUUUAGCCAUAAAUAUUGAUUCUUUAGUGGAUCCAUAUGAACAUUUUAAUAGUCUUUACGAAGCUUUGCAUGUUGAUUUCAGAGUAACCCAACAUGCAAAGAAAAUGCGCUUGAUCUCCAACCUCCACUCCUCCUGGUUCCUGUCACACACACAUGCUGAAAUCUGAGCAAGCAGAGGGAGGAGCCUGGCAGGGGUAGCCCCUUCUGGGUCCAUGGCCUCCUGGCCCAGGGUGUCCACCGUCCAAGCCCCUUCUCCGCCAGGAUGUAAUAUGCAGAUGUGUGCCCUCUGGCCUGGCCAGUUCCUGAACUUUAGGCUGCUAGGACUCGCACUCCAUCAGGGGACAGACAGACUGCUCCUCCCUUGUGGGGGUCUUGAGAUGAGCAGUUCUGAACUGAUCCAAGCUGGAACUUCUGAUUGCUUCAGAUUGCCUGAACUUACAGGGAUUGAGAACAAAGAGGGAGGUUUAAAAAUAGCCUUGGGUUCCCAUUGUCCUUCCCAGGGCCACAGAUGUGAACUAAGGCAUGCCACGGUAUGGGAUUCAUCACUCCACAGACAUCAGGGUUGCCAGGCCAGGCAGGGGACCAUUGGAAAAGCUGACAAACAGGAGAGUGACACUGGCCAAACCCUCUUCCUCCUGACUGUCACAUCAGCCUGUUCCUGCAAAGUGCUAAGUGGAACCUUCAGUCUUGUCCUGGUGGCUUCCCACGGCAACCCCUAUCUCUCAGGACACAUGCGUAAUCCUUGCAGCUGGCAAACUGCAGUGGCUCCAUGCCUCCCUGCAAAGACUUACCAGGGCAGCACUUUCUCUGCAGCUGGGACCCAGCAAAGUGCCUCACUGAUGCCUCCUGGGUGGAGGAUGGGCUGAGGGAACAGGAACAAGACAAGAUGUGGGGGGACAAGAAAGGAAGAUCACUGGAGUGUGGAAGAGGAGAGCAAGGCUUGCUGAGGCAGAGAGGACCCAUGCUUCUGAGCAUCCAGGUGCCAAUGAGCCUUCCAGUCUCUGCCUGGAUCUGGUAGAGGACGGAGGACCACACUGUGUCCCUUUGGGCCAUGCGGAAGGUGAAGUCAGGGCCACAUAGCUAGGAAGUGGUCUGGGGUGUGUAUGAAGGGGCACUUGGAACCAGCUCUGCUGCCUGAGAUCCCACCUUUGUUAGCCCAUGAAAGCACCAUGGGAGGACAGGAAGGGGAAGGAGGGAGAAAAGAGGAGGGGAAAGGAGACAACGGAACCUCCACCUCCUUCCCACUUGCCUGGCUCUCCUGGAACGCCUCUAGCUCAUCCCCUGGGGGCUCUCCUGGACCGCCUCUAGCUCAUCCCCUGGGGUUCUCUGUUCAGAGAGGGACUCUGGAGUCUGUGGUUCUGAGGUUCAGACAGAGGGAGCUCUCUAUUCUUGUGGAGAGAGCCACUGCGAGGUGUGAUCCUUGUCCCAGGGGGUCAGAGACUUGUCCUUGGGAAGGGAUUGUGUUGACCUGGGGAGAGCAGGUCAGUGUUGAGAUGGUGCAGGGCGCCUGAUGCUCCAGGCGGAACUGGAGGAGUAUCAAUGCCGAGAGAGAGCCAUGCAGGGGUCUGGGUACAGUAAGCAGGAGGCAGGCAGAGGACCAGAGCUGGGGAGGCUCCGGUGGGGACUGACCUGCUUAGACCUGCAUGUUGAAUCCCUCCCCUCUCUGCUCUAGAAAGCACUGGAGAAAGGAAGCUGGGAGGCUGGCUGCACAGCAGAGGUCUCUGGACUGGGAACGUUGGAGAGAGUGGAGAGUUGUGGGAGGUAUUUAAAAGCUCUGAGCUCUCUCAGGGGAGUGGUUAGCGGGAAGCCAACCCUGGGCCCAUCUGUGCAGCACAGAGGUCCUGCUGCAUCAGUUUGUUGAUGGAAAUUAAUUGUAAAUAUUAUUCAAAUGUACCUCCCAGUGCACAAUUAUACUUCUCAGGGGAUUCUGAGUACAUGGGGAAACUCUGUAAAUAAUACAUACAUUAGCCCUGGCGCACAGAGGCACACUGAAGCUGCUGCCGUGGCGGCUGUGGGAGUCACUCAGAGCAUCUGCGCUGGAGGCUAGCCUUGGACAACCAGCUCUGUCUCUCUCAGAGGAUGGGCACAACUUUAGGCAUGCCAGCCUGGUCACUGGCCAGGUGGGGACACAGAGCUGGCAGGGAAGGAAGACACACAGGUCAGAGCGUGCCCAACUGGCCUGGGAGGCUCAAUAGUGGCUGUAGUAAUCAUGUGAUUACUUGGGCAUGCUCAAGCUUGGGGCAAGCAUUUCUGUCUCACAGUCAUAGGAAAGACCAUGGAAGACUUUGUGCUAAGACCUAGUGCCAUGUCCGCAGAUGGAUGAAGUAGAGAGAUUCAGAUAGGUGAAGUGAACUGGUCUAGUGAGAACCCAGAGCCAAGCCCUGUCUGUCUGUCUGUCUGUCUGUCUGUCUGCCUGAAAGCUCUUGCUUUCUCUAGAAGUUACUUGGUCAGUCUCUGCCUACACCCAUCAGCUUUCAAGGUGGGGUGGUGAUGAGCCUGAGGGACUGCCUUGCCCUUGGAGGGGAGGACGUGACAUGCGCAGGGCUCGUCAGUUCCUCUCAGCCUCUGGGCUUAGGAGUUCGGAAGAGACACUACUUCAAGCUCAUCCCUUCUCAGGCCCCUAUUGCCCAGAUUGUGAAAAUGAACAGGAUACAAAUAGUCGGGGAUCCCCCACACACACUUCAACAAGAGCAUGGUCCUGAGAGUCACUUUUAAAAUGUCAGCUUGGAUACCUGGGCCUCACCAAGCG